AUGUUACGAAAGGAAAAUUUGGACAAGAAACCACAAACAGUAACGCAACGAGAAUCCAGUCAUCUGAACUCACAGCAGCAUGUUUGUUCUUCAGGAAGUGAUUCAGUGAAGAGCAGGAGCUCCAGAGCAGCUGUUGUGUGUUUGGUUCUGCUGUGUGUUCUUCUGCUGACUGCAGUCAUAGUGCUGUGUGUCAUCUUCACUCAAGAGAGACAACAGCUCUUAUCUAAGAAUGGAAAUCUGACCAAUGAGAGAGAGAAGCUGACACUCAAGAACACAAACCUGACCAAUGAAAGAGAUCAGCUAAAAUGGGAGAAAAAUGAUCUUCAGAGAUGUCUUGGUCAAGUGGAUCAGUGCUCUAACAGCCCUAAAUGGAUAGCAUACAAGCAGAGUUCCUACUACAUUUCCUCUGAGUGGAAGAACUGGACUGAAAGCAGACAAGUCUGUUUGCAGAGAGGAGCAGAUCUGGUCAUCAUAAACAACAAAGAGGAACAAGAAUUUAUCACCACCAUAACUAGUGCAAACAUGUUGUGGAUUGGUCUGACUGACAGUUAUAAAGAAGGGGACUGGAAGUGGGUUGAUGGCAGCACACUGACCUCUAGCAUCCGGAGUUUCUGGGGGACCAGUGAGCCCAAUGGUGGAAGAAAUGAGGACUGUGCUGUAUCUCAGUAUAGCUGGGCUGAUAAUCCAUGUCAUUAUACCUUUGUAUGGAUUUGUGAGAGGAAUUAAGAGGUUUAAAAAAGCUGUUGCUUCAACUAUGUUCAUCCUAAGUAAAGCAGUAACC